AUGGCUACUCUCGCGCCCCACCACCUUCACCGCCUCCGUCGCUUAGACUACUGGUCUGGAAACACGUUGAUACUUCCGGUGGGUAGCCAGGUCACGGUCGUCUGGUCAGCUGCGGUACCUCCGCCACCUUCGCUCCUGCGAGGGCCACCUAUUACCGUUCUGCCAGUCCAGUCUGUCAGCCAAGGCAACACAAUCCCUGUCUGGUGGUCAGGCUGGCCCUGUUGCAAACGUUGCCAGUUCUCGCGUCAGGCCCCAGGCAGGCCUGUGCUCGAGGCGAUAGCGGUCGCGCCAGUGCCCCGACCUCGAACCGCAGACUCAUGCGACCCGGCCUUGCCGAGGCUCGACCCGGGAUCGGGGUGGAGAGUCCUGUCUGGCCGGGCGUUGCGUCAGGAAAGCCAACGCAACGAAGUUGGCUUGGCAAAGAACAGUUGGGUUCCGAGGCCUCUCUCGGUUGAUGGUGCCCGUUUCUUGACUGGUUUGCUUGGAUAUGAUUAUAAGAAUGAAGAUGCUCGUCAUUUGACUGACUAA